AAAGGCACGUGUUUGAUAAGAUCCUUUUCAUCUUUUUCCAUUUUCGGCAUUUUCUUUAAUUCAUCUUUCGUUAGGAAUAAUGCAUUAAUUAUUAAUUUCGAAAUUACAUAAAUUCAAGAAUAUGGAAAACAGCUUGACGGUGCUUCACUCUUUACUGAAAGAUAAAGACGUGAAUACUCAGUGUUUCAAUAAUGGACUAGCCUUCGUUGAGGAAAGUCAGCUUCUGAAUUUCACUGAAAAUGCUAACGUACAAGAAAUCGUAUCGCUGAUUAAUGCCGCUUUACAUAAUCCAUUGGGUGACCGGUUACGAGCUCUGCAAGUUUUAGGAAAGUGUUCAAAACAAUGUUCAGACGAUGUAUUCACAUCGAAUGCUAUUUUAUGGAUGCAGCAUUGCACUCAAUGGUCUCCUCAGACAAUAAAUGUAGAAUUGAAGAUUCUCAAUAAUUUGAUAAUCAGAUCUUUUGGUAAUCCAGAUUUAAAGAAGCAGAUAAACUCAGUUAUGAUACCAAGAAUCACCGAACGUUUGAGUAAUUGCUCCAGUGCUGCUAAAAGUACAGUGGUACUGAAGUUGGUCUGUUUGCAAUCUCUUCUCGAUGGGUAUUCGUCUUCGUGCAGUCAAUAUCGGACUCAGCUUUAUAAACAUAUCGUUUUCACUUUGAAGAACUAUUGCGAAUAUGAUGAGAUCGUUUCUGCAGCCGCUCGUUGUUUGAUGUUACUUCAUUCUUGUGGCAGUGCUGGCCAGCAAGGGAUAAAUUACAAGGAACGAUGGACCUCUCAAUUUAACGCUUGUAUCUCAACAUAUCACAAAUUACUGGAUCAAUUUUAUGGAGAUAUUGAACAAAUGAAGAUUGAUUCGGAAAAACUGAACGAGACUGCUUUUGAUGACUUUUUGGAAAUGAAAGCAGAUUACCAAGUGAAUCCAACGAUGAGAUACUUUGGUUUAAGCAGAAGUUGCAAUGUUUUGACCAGUAUGAUGCAGUCUAUGCUUUUAGGAAAGUUUCCUGUUGGAAAAACUUUCAAUAUUAGAAAUACGAUGAAUUUAAUAUGCAGAAUUCUAUCCGUCACCUAUGUUACCCUGCAAGAUGAAAGUUUAACUAAUGAUAUUAUUGCUCUGGGAGCUAAUUUACCUUUUUUGCAUCUAUGUGCAUUUGAAUUAUUGCAAGCUGUGAUAAUUUGUGCGAAGAGGAAUCUAAUCGUGCAUAGUACAUUGAUAUGUAAAUUAUGCAUUCAAUCGUUGAAGUGGAUUUCUAACAUUGCUCGAGCUAAUGAAACUAUUGAACCAUUUAGGGAUGUAAAGAGAAAAGCGUACUCCACAUUAAGCACUUGGUUAUCAAUUGCUGAAUCUUGCAGUUCAAUAGAAGUUUUUGCCGAUGAAUUAGUUCCUCUGCUGAUUCCAAGUAUCGAACAUCGUAAACAAAGUGUAACUCUUCUGAUUGAUCCACAAAAAAAGAAAGGCAAACGUAAACGCAGCCAGUUCAGCAGCGAAAUUAGUUUGAACGCCGAAGCAUCCAACUCAUCAUGUGAAGUCUCCGACGAAGGUAUAUGUUGCUUGGCGCAUAAUACUUUGCAAUUGAUGUUACGUAACGCCUCUGUAUUCAUCAAAUGGGAGCAUCACAAGACUAUGCAGACUGUGAUCGUCAACUUGUUGCUGGAUAUACAGAAAUGCAGCACGGAACAAGAAUACCCAUCGAUGUACUCGAACGCUAAAUGUCGUCUGAUGCUUUAUGGAAGCUUACUGAGCAUUUUGACAGAACCUCAUUCAAAAUGGUUUGCUCCUACGUCAUAUGCUGUGAAUAUAUUCAACGCCGGACUCAACGAUCCUCAAAUUUCAAUUUCAACGUUCUGUAGAUUUGCUGUAACUCAAAUUGAAGCGAUAAACCAUCCAAAAGCUCCCAGUUUAUUAUUCUGUAACGAAACUACACGAAAUAAUAAACCAUCAGCUGAUGUGGAACGUUUACUAGCUGUGACUGCCUCCAUCGAAACACCAGCAUCUCACGCUCCGGAGAGAGUAGCCGAAGUGUUGAAAUCUUGUGACCAAACCAACAACGUUACCAAUUCCAAUCAGAACAUCGUUCACGAUAUUUCUUCGGUUGAAAACGAUCACGUCCGGGUUAAUAAUUCCGCUAAAUUCCACAUCAGUCUUGUUACACCUGUAGAGAAGCCGUUGUUGGAUAAAGAGCGGAGCGAUUCACCUUCGCCUAAGAAAUUGAAAAUGGAUCAAACACUGUUUAGUAAUUCAGUCUCGGAGAAAAAACAUCAGCAAGAUUCUAGUUUCAAAAAGGAAUCAGUUGAAACUACCAUUUCGAAUGCUUCGAAUGUAAAUGAGUCUUCGAUCAAAGAUGAUUCGAAGAUCCGAAGUUCUUUGUGGCCUGAUGAAGACGGUGAUGUUGAUUUAAUGCUGAAGGAUUUUGUUGAUGAUAUAUGAAGUGUGUGUCUUGCCUACUUUUUAAUAUGAGUUGUUGUACUUGGAAAGUGGUCUUAAAAGUUGAAAUGUUUUUAUUGCAUUUUAUGUGAUGAUUAAUUAUAUUGUUGAUGGACUAUGGAGUA